AGCCGGCGGCGUCCAUUGGUUUUUUUCCUUCCCCGGUUACUGCUGCCGCCGCUCCCCGGCCUGUGGCUCGCAGCACCGGCCCGCCGGAGCCCUGCCGGCCGGAGGUGAGCGCCGUGAGCCUUCUCGCCUUGUCGCCCGGUCGGAACUAUCGCCCUCCGCGCGGCCGUGAGGAGGCUGAGGCUGCCGCUUCCCCCCGCUCCCGGCCUGCCGGCGUGGGGUGCCUCUCCUGCCCGUUUCCUUCCUCCCCGGGGAAAUAAUGAAAAAAGUGUGCCACAACUCUUGAUCAGAGACCUGACGUUUGAGAAGAAGUCACUAGCUAAGCUCAUGUUUUCUCCUGAUCAAGAAAAUCAUCCAUCAAAAGCACCAGUCAAAUAUGGUGAACUGAUUGUAUUGGGGUACAAUGGGUCUCUCCCAAAUGGAGACAGAGGAAGAAGGAAGAGUAGGUUUGCUUUAUUUAAAAGGCCCAAGGCAAAUGGGGUGAAACCCAGCACUGUGCACAUUGCCUGUACCCCUCAAGCAGCAAAGGCAAUAAGUAAUAAGGACCAACACAGCAUAUCUUACACUUUGUCUCGGGCCCAGACAGUAGUAGUUGAAUAUACACAUGACAGCAACACAGAUAUGUUCCAGAUUGGUCGUUCAACAGAGAGUCCUAUAGACUUUGUAGUAACAGAUACAGUUCCUGGGAGUCAGAGCAAUUCGGAUACACAGUCUGUGCAGAGCACGAUAUCAAGGUUUGCCUGCAGGAUCAUAUGCGAGCGUAACCCUCCCUUUACAGCAAGAAUAUAUGCUGCAGGAUUUGACUCCUCAAAAAACAUUUUCCUUGGGGAGAAAGCUGCGAAGUGGAAGACGUCAGAUGGGCAAAUGGAUGGACUAACAACAAAUGGAGUUCUUGUUAUGCAUCCUCGUAAUGGAUUCACAGAAGACUCCAAGCCAGGGGUGUGGAGAGAGAUUUCUGUGUGUGGGAACGUGUUCAGCCUCCGUGAAACCAGAUCAGCCCAACAGAGGGGGAAAAUGGUGGAGAACGAGACGAACCAGCUGCAGGACGGCUCCCUGAUCGACCUGUGCGGCGCGACGCUGCUGUGGCGCACGGCCGAGGGCCUCUCGCGCACGCCCACCGUCAAGCACCUGGAGGCCCUGAGGCAGGAGAUCAACGCCGCCAGGCCGCAGUGCCCCGUGGGCUUCAACACCCUGGCCUUCCCCAGCAUGAAGAGGAAAGACGUGGUCGACGAGAAGCAGCCCUGGGUGUACCUGAGCUGCGGCCACGUGCACGGCUACCACAACUGGGGCAACAAAGAGGAGAGGGACGGCAAGGACCGCGAGUGCCCCAUGUGCCGCUCGGUGGGCCCCUACGUGCCCCUGUGGCUCGGGUGCGAGGCGGGCUUUUACGUGGACGCCGGGCCGCCCACUCACGCCUUCAGCCCGUGCGGACACGUGUGCUCGGAAAAGACGACUGCCUACUGGUCCCAAAUCCCCCUCCCUCACGGCACUCACACUUUCCACGCGGCCUGCCCCUUCUGCGCGCAUCAGCUGGCUGGCGAGCAGGGUUACAUCAGGCUCAUCUUCCAAGGGCCUCUCGACUAACGCAGGUGUUCCCCCGAGGACUGAUAAGCUAAGCGAUUCCCGUUUUUAAACCGACUGUUUUUUCCUAUUCUCUGGGCUUUGCUGGUUUGCGUUAAGAUGAAGAAAUUUUGGGGGUUUGUUUUUGGGUUUUUUUGUUUUUUGUUUUUUCCUCUUCGUUACAACGGCUAAAUCCCUCUUUAUUGAGAGAAGUCUGGAAAUAGAAGAAAUAGGGGGAGACCUCCUGCUUUUUUUUUUUUUUUUUUUUUAGUUAAUAACUACUUCUGAAGAGGUGAGGGAAGUGUUGUAGAGUGAACUUCAAUGCCUUCGGUUUAAUGGUUUUUGAAUCACGUGCCCACAGUGUUUGAAAGGCGUUUCAUUCUUUUUGUAUAUGGAGGGUAAAUAGUUCAAAGAACAUUAGUUUACAGCUUGGAUGCAAACAUUGUAAAAUAUAACGUGUAUAUUAACUCUUUUCUAUUUAUCUUUAUUACUGAAAAUAUUUAGAACGUUUAGAGAGUAGCUUGGUCAUAGCGUGUUACAUCCAGCAAUUGGAUGUGUAGAGUAGCUCUGGAUGGAGAAGAACGUGGGAUGAAAAUGGUAGAAAAAUCUUUUAAUCUAAAAUACUGAGUUCUUAGAAUAGUUAAAACGCUUUUUAAACAAAGCUAAUGCAAACUAUGACGGCAUAAAGUUGUGCUUUAACUGUGUUGAAAGGUAGCUGAGAAGGACUUCUUAAAAUGUCUUUUUGGUAGGAGUGUACUUAAGAUCUGGUUAUGAGGAGAAUAUUUACCAGACUCUUCAAAUAUGCAACUUAGUCUAGAUUAAGGAUUUUUUUUUUUUUUUUUCCUCCCUUCACGCUAACACUUCUCUUUAUUUAGCAUUAGUGACAUUUGUGAGGGUUUUUCCAAUGGUAAACGUGCACAGACCAGAAAGAUGAGGCUUCUUCUGUCCCUUGCAGUUUUGGGGGUGGGAGGGGACAAGGGGAGACGCGGACACGUGCGUGGGGAGCGGUUUGUGACCCGGCCACGGUCCCGGCGUGGGAGGCGUUUGUCAGCUGGGGGGAACCUCAGGCCUGGCCUUUGCCCCUCUGCCAGCUGCAGGUGCACAUCUGGAGCAGAGGUGGAGCCUGGUGGCGCGGGGAUGUGGUGCCUGUGUCCCUGCAGCCUCGGAGGGCUGGGCUGGGCUGGGCUCGGACCCUCAGCGCGAGGUGCUGCCGUGGGCUCCGGUUACUGAUCUCUCUGCUCUCCCCUUCCUUCCCCUCUCUACCCACCAGAGAAGACCAGUGCACUACAUGCAGCUCUGCUGCCAGCCCACUGUGCUUCGUGGCAGCCUGACCUUUUUAGGAUUGAGUUCAGCUUUUUGGGCCAGCUUUGUACCUUUUUUUUUUUUUUUUUUUUUUUAAUAUGUACUGUAUAAUUGACAGUAACAAUUUUCUGUACUUUAUAGCGAAGCUUUCGUUUUUCUUUCGAAGCUGUUCCGAAAUUUUCUUUGUUUAAAGAGACCUGUGUUGCUUAGAUGUCAUGAAUUACUUACUUUGACUGUCAAUUAUUUCUCCAUUUUUUAAAAAAGAAGUGAUAUAUAUUGUUUGGUUCACUCAGGAAAUGCAUGUGUCAGGAAACCUGUACUAUAAGUUCAGUUAGCUGUCAUGUACAAGUAACUGCUGUUACUCCCUUUCCAUAGAAAUAUAACUGAUUUUGACAUUUUCCAGAUUAUAUGAAUUAAGUAAUGAAACUUAUGCAGCAAGAAAUCCCUGUAUUGUAGUUGUUCUAAUCAUCUUAUUCAAAGUAUAGUAUACUGUAGUUUUAAUUUUUAUUUGCAAAUUAAUUUAUUUAAACUACGUGAGUAAACACUUUUCAAAAACA